GGCAUAUUUACGAGAUUUCCAUGCGUGUUAUAAUUGUGGAGAAUUGUCGUAUAUGCUAUAAUAUAGGCUGCAACCUGUAAUGAGUAGAGCCUGAGUGUCAAAAAUGUAUAGAAGGAUUGUCUUUGCUGAAGGUCACCGAGCGUGUUUUUGGUGAACUCAGGUAAGCUGAGGUUGGGUGAGAAGGAGAAGGAGAGACAAAUACAAAUGCGCGAUCCAGGCGACUCUCCUUGAAGUUUGUGAGGUUGAGGAGAGACAUGAGCGAAGAGAGAGGAAGAGUGAAAGAUUGGCGGGAGAAGGCGGAACAAACCGGUGCCCGGAUACACGCUGGAACCGCUCGCCCGCACUGCAGAUUAACUCUUGACUCUCCGAGAGAUGCUCAGGAACGGUGUAAUAUGAGGGAGGAGUAUUAGCAAACCAAACAUAAAUUCAAGCUGGAUUUUCUGUCAUUCUACAAGGACUAAGCACAGCCUUGACCAUGCAUCAGUAGCAGGAUAUUUGACUAAUAGGGUGAACUGAUCGACUGUUCAACCAGGUGCAUCGUGGAUUUAGCUGUAGCAGGACUCCAGUUGCCGGAUGCAGAACCUUUUUGAGCAGAACUUAGACAUGGCCACCGCUCUGCUUGCAGGAGAGAAGCUGAAGGAGUUAAUAAUGCCUGGUUCCACACAGGAUGAGAAGGGUGGUGCACUAGCUGGGCUCAUGGUGCAGCUCAAACUGGAGCUGCCCUUUGAUCGAGUUGUCACCAUAGGAACGGUCAUCAUCCCCAUCUUACUAGUCACUCUGGUCUUUACACGGAACUUUGCAGAGGAGUCAAUAUACUGUUACACACCACACAAUUUCACACGUGACCAAGCCCUCUAUGCCAGAGGUUACUGCUGGACAGAGCUACGUGAUGCUAUUCCUGGGGUUGAGCCUGAACUCCGACCAUCUCUGUUUGAGCACAAGUUUCUGCCCUAUGCUUUGCUAGCGUUCGCUGGUAUCAUGUAUAUCCCAGCGCUUAGCUGGGAAUUCCUCGCAUCCACACGCCUUACCUCUGAACUCAACUUUCUACUCCAAGAAAUUGACAAUUGCUACCACCGUGCAGCUGAGGGCAGAGCACCCAAGAUCGAGAAGCAGAUCCAGUCCAAAGGGCCAGGGAUCAGUGAGCGUGAGCGGCGGGAGAUCAUCGAGAAUGCAGAGAAGGAGAAAAGCCCAGAGCAGAAUCUUUUUGAAAAAUAUCUAGAGCGACGAGGGCAAAGUAACUUUUUAGCCAAGCUUUAUCUAGCCAGGCAUUUAGCCAUCAUCUGUCUCAGUUCCAUUCCCAUCUCCUACCUGAGCGCAUACUAUGCUCGGCAGCGGCAAAAUGAGUUCACGUGCAUGCUGGGUGAGCCACCUGACAUCAGCAGCAUCCCUGAGUUGCGGCUCAGUGUCAACUGCAAGCUGCCAGCUGUGCAGCUCCAGCGCAUUAUGGCUGCUGUAGACAUCACACUGCUCUGCAGCGUGAACCUAAUUAUUUUAGUCAAUCUACUGCACCUAUUCGUGGUCCGCAAAUCCAACUUUGUUUUCGACAAGUUGCACAAAGUCGGCAUCAAGACGCGGCGGCGUUGGCAGAAGUCUCAGUUUUGUGAUAUUAACAUCCUGGCCAUGUUCUGUAACGAAAACAGGGACCACAUCAAGUCUCUAAACAGGCUGGAUUUUAUAACUAACGAGAGUGACCUUAUGUAUGACAACGUAGUGCGACAAUUAUUGGCGGCAUUAGCUCAGUCUAACCAUGAUGCCACACCCACUGUUAGAGACUCUGGGAUUCAGACGAUUGACCCCAGCCUAGAUCCAUCUGUACUGGGAGUUGGAGAAAUGGGAGUAGAGACAGUGAUCAAAAGACCACGGAAAAAGAUCAAGUGGAUCCCUACAUCGAAUCCUCUGCCUCAGUCAUUUAAAGAACCUUUAACAUUGACUCGAUUGGAGAACAGUAUAAAAGCAGAAAAACCUAAACCUGUGCGGAGGAAAACUGUACCAGAUACCAUCAUUGCUCCUCUACUGGACACCAAGAGCACACAGCAUCCUCCUAGAGAAAACAACAAUGGGACAGAUAAAAAGCACACUCGGAAUUUCUCCCUGGAUGUCCAUCCGUACAUGGCGGCCACCCAGAAGCCUAAACCGGAAACGAAUAAUCCACAACCUCCAGCUGCUGAUCAUCCUCUGGACACUACUUACAUAGAGGGCACACACACUGUAGUCCAUGUCUCCUCAACGCUUACAGAAAAGAAUGACCCUCCUCCUCAAUCCACCACCAGCGCAUUUUCCACUGUGACCUUGUCUACCACCUCUUUUAUGAAUGGAGUAACAUCUACUUUGCUUCCUUCUGAAUCACCGAAAACCAAUGAGCCUCUUAAAGCAAACCCAGAGCCUGUGAAUCAGCCUACAUCCUACAGCUGUAACCCUUCACAUCCUCUGCUCAGCAUCCACCACACUCUCUAUGAGGAGGAGGAAGAGGAGCAAGGCCACAGGGACAAACUGGUAGAAAGACCUGGCGAGCUUAUCGCUGCUGGAGAGUGCUGAUGGAGCGCACAAAAAGACAAGCACAUAUUCACACCUCUCAUCGUUUGACCUUAGCACCAAGCCAGAGAAGGGUACAUUCUUUAUAACCACCUCACCUGAAGCAGAAGCCACACUUUAUCACCUACUGUGCUUUAGGUGAAAAACAACGAGGUCAGAGAUUUUGUACUGUCGACCAGGUAGAGGGACAUCGAAGUAACAUGAUUGCACUUACAGUUAUUUAGAAAACAUAUUUCUGUGUAAGUAGACAACCGAUUACAAUGAAACAUAUCACUCAAGAGUAGGAAGUCAUUUCUCUGACUAAGUGCAAACACAGGUGCUUACUUAAAUGGAAUGUUUUCCUGUAACAUUCCAAAGCUAAGGACCGGGUUCAUUGAUUAUCAUAAAACAUAAUGAUGAGAAAUAUUUUGUGCUUUAUACACCUCCGUGUUCACGUCUUACAUCAAACAUAAUGCAUCCUAUUUAUAGAUUGUUCUGUGGAUUUCAGCAGGUAUCCAAUGCAAUAUCGCAUAUUUAUCCUUAAAUUAUGCAAAUGCACACAACCCUUGUUGCAAUAAUAUGCAUAUUUAAAAUAUCCAUACUGUAUAUACAAAACACACAGAUAUAUGUCGCAUUAUUUAAAUCAUGUGAUUCUUCAACCUAAGGAUUGAGGUCUGUUCUUUGUCAUAGUGUGGUUCAUAAGUUCCAAAUUGUGAUUGUUCUCAGUAUCAUCAAAUUAAUUCAUUUUGAGAAAUGGGUACUAUUACACAACAGCAAAUACUGCAUAUUUAUGUGAUCUAAUAUAAUUAUUGAAAUACCUGGCCAUUAAUUAAAAUAAAAAUGUCUGGAGUUGUACUGUAAAACUGCAGUCCCUCCAGCAGAAGCACCAGCUGACCAUUCAUUAAGAACGCCAUUACUGUACCUUUACAGAUAAAUGCUGCAUUGACGCAUCUGAAAUCUACUAAUUCACCUCUUUCUUUGACACACGACCCAUUUCCUAGAUUAAAAAGAAGUACAAAAUACCCACCUUUUGUCUACGUAUGCCACUACAUUAUAAAGCACAUCUGUAAUUACCAGUUACACCUCGCUCCAGCAUUUCUACAGGGCCAGUGCAACAUUUUAACUGCAACUCUGGCAAAAACUCUAUGUUACCAAAACGCACAGAGACACUUUUAUUCUGUAUUCCUAUUACCUGUUUGAAUGUUGUCUGAAAAAUAUAAGACAUCAUAUAAUGUUAAAACGUUGUACUUAGUAUAGCUAAUCAAAGAUUUAUGAAAAUGAAGCUGCCAGUCCCUCAUGUGUAGUCAGUACAUGGACAUCCAUUCAGCACACUCUUUGUUUUAAAUUUUAUUCCAACCAAAUAAUGUUGGAAUUAUUAUCAAACACACUGCUGAGUGAGAAAUAUUAGUCUCUGUUAGUACUGUUUAUGAAAUAUAGCCAGGUUCAUAAAUAUUUGGACAUAGGACAGUUAUUGGUUAUUGGUUAUACAGUAUACAGUUAUUGGUUAUACUGUUGCGUUUGGAUUAAAUCAUGAAUAUGAGCUUACAUUACAGACUUUAAGUUAUUGGAGGUUACUUACAUCAAAAUCAGGUGAACUGUGUAGUAUUUGCACAUCCUUAUAAUCAUAAUGUAAAUGAGCUUUAUAAAUAUUUGGUUGCAAAUUCUAGACACUCAGUGACUGCCAGGAGGCUGAAACCAUAGACAUCACCAGUCACUGGGUUUCAUUCCUGGUGACGUCCUGCCAAAUUUUUAAAGCAGCUGUGGUCAGUUCCUGCUUUGGGGUGUUUUGCCAUUAUCGAAUGAAGUGCUUUCAGUUGCAUUCACUCAGUUGGAUUCAAGUCACUUGGCCAUUGCAAAACAUUCAACUUCCUUGCUGUUUUUCUAUAAAGUAUGGUUUAAAUUAUAGUCCAUCUGCAGUGUAAAGUAUUUUGCUGAGUCUAAGCAGA